CGCCCUUCAAUUUGGUUGUGUCUUCGGCUACACGGUACUCCGAAGAUCCCAGAAAAGUUACAGGUCGCAGGCUUUCCAAGGUUGUUCCAAGGGCUUCCUUCAGUCGAACGCCUGGAUCUUAGUAUGCUGGCUACUGUUCUCACAAGAAUGUCGCGUAACGGUGUAUCAGCAGCUCUUGCCAGGACGAGUGCAGUUGCUGCUCACAUGUCUACCAGCGCUCAGGCAACACCACUAGAGCAACCCGUGCUCUUUGAGUCGAAUGGCGCAACGCGCACUUAUGUCUUGAACCGAGCAAGCAAACUGAACGCUCUCAAUGGUGACAUGCUCAAGUUAAUGAGACCUCAACUGGAGCAAUGGUCAAGGUCCGACCUAUGCAAGAUUAUCGUCGGGACGGGUAUCGGCCGUGCAUUUUGUGCAGGCGGUGACGUUGCAACUGUACUACAGCAUUCACUGCAUGAUGAUACUCGUUCAAAGGCUAUAGAAUUCUUCAAAGACGAAUUUGAAAUGGACUAUAUCUUGUCUGCAUUACCGAAGCCAUACGUAACCAUCUUGGACGGUAUCACAAUGGGCGGAGGAGUCGGACUUGCCAUUAGCGCCCCUUUUCGUGUUGCGACGGAGAAGUCAAUAUUUGCUAUGCCAGAAACCAAGAUAGGUUACUGCCCCGAUGUUGGAGCAAGCUUCUUCUUGUCCAGGAUCGACGGUGAAAUUGGCACAUAUCUCGCCCUCACCUCAGAGACUCUUGCUGGCAGGGAAGUCUUUGAACUAGGAUUUGCUACCCACUUCGUAUCAUCAAGAACAGUGCCCAACCUACUGGCUCGUUUAUCUGAUUUGGAGGAUCCUACUUUUGCUAUGAUUGAUAGGACCAUCGAGGAACAUCACGCAAAACGCCUUUCAGAUGAACCGGUUGGAAAAUUGACGGGUCGUACGCGCCAGGCUCUUGAUAUGGCAUUCCGACACGAUACAGUCGAGGAAAUUGUGGAAGAUCUCACCAAGUUGGCCUCGACUUCUGAUGACUCAGUCGCCAAGUGGGCCUCGGAAACACUGGAGAUUCUAUAUAUGCGGAGUCCGACUAGCCUCAAAGUAGCACUGGAAGCGAUCCGACGCGGGAAGAACAUGACGCUCCUCGAGGCCCUUCAAAUGGAAAUGGGCAUUGCCACAGCUUACUGUAGCGGUGCAAGUACAGAUUUCACUGCAGGAAUCACCGCGGUCCUGGUUGAGAAAACAAAAGGUCGCCCUGUUUGGUCUCCUGAUCAGCUCAAUAACGUCUCAGAUGCGAUAGUGAGGCGAUUUUAUGAGAGAGAUUCUAUUUAUCUCAGCGCCAUGCCUACUUUGACACCGCCGGACUUCCUUUCGAAUGGCAAGCAAAAUCCGAUGAAAUUUGCUCUGCCAAGUGAAGACGCCAUCUUACAAAUAGUCAAGUCCAAGGCCAGACAAGAUCCUAUCUCCCUUUCUGAUCUACUGGCACAUUUUGAUAGUCUUCACUCGGGCAAGCAAGGUGUCGCAGAGAAAGUGGUGGAGGUAGUGAAACGGAGUUGUGAUGUCAUUGGUAAUCAAGGUUCGGAGAUGGUCAAUUGCAAAGAGCAAUUGUAGUUUACUUCCGUAGUUGCGGCACAGUAUACCGUCCUCGAUAUCACAAUUUGCUUAUCUUGCUGUACGCGUGCAGUUGCCACCACGUCAUCCGGCAGCCCGGAACUGCAGCUAAUUCUUGGCGAUGACUGUUUGAACCUUGUCCUUCAUCCCUAAGGAGAAAAGUGUGCGGUCAAUAUUGAUGUUUGACGUUGCGCGACGCGCAGCUUUUCAUUAUGGUGCACGGCCACUAGUACACUAACUCGAACCCAAGUUGCCUAAAAUUGUGAUGAAACUUUGAGAUCAAACCACCGAUAUAUAUUAGAUAAGAUUGGACUGUCAUACGUGUCUGCCG